AGAAUAGCCGCGUUGAUUGGGCGCCUUGUCUGACCCGGGCUCUUUCCCUUCCUUUGCUUUCAUACGGCUAAUAUCGCUCUCAUUUUAUAAAUGUAACAUUUCCAACACGCGACGGUCUCUUUCGGCGUGUGCCCGUGGUUAUUUGUCAUGUUCGGCGUCGUGACAAAAUUCCGAAUGAACGGUGAAAUUAACACGGACUAAGUUGGCUCGCUAGCCAGCUAGCUAGCUUAGUGGUUUAGCAACAAUGUCCAGUCUUCCUCAGAAUAAUUUAGAGGAGCAGCUUGCGAGACACAGCAACAGCGCCCAAAGCAAAUUAUUUAUGGGGAAACCUAAAUCGGGGCCAUUUUCUUUUAAAAAGAAGUCCUCAUUGGGUACGAGCUGGACAGAAACCCCGAGCAAGGUAACGAGCCCAAAUGUUUUAGCAAGCAGGAAUGUCAAUGUCCCUGCAAACAGUUUGGUGACUCAACGUGUUGUGACGUUUUCAAACAAGCCCAAGACUUCUCAAAAUUCCAAAAUCAACAACUUCUUCUCUGUAAAUUCCAAAUGCAACUCGGACGUCAGCACGGACAUCGUCCCUGCUUUUCAAUCUCCGUCGUCAUUGGCGUCCACCGGCAAAGUGUGUCCGCCUAAAUUUGACAGGCCGGGAUUAAGUACCAACGUCAGCACUUCCAUCGAUUUGGAUGAAUCGCUUGGAUUCCAGAUUGACGACUGGGAUGAUCUAGAUGACUUUGAAACUCCGACCAAAGCAAAGAAUGCUUCCUUUAAUGAAGACACGAGGAGAACCGAUAAGCCAGUUGCAUCUCCCAAAAAGGAUCAAACGCAAACAAUUCAAGUGGGAGAACUUGCAGAGAGUGAACCGGACGAUUCUCCAAUUAACACACCGAGAAGACGCCACCCGGCUUAUUUUAAAUCUGUUGUUAGUGACAGUGAAGACGACAUUAAUGAGGUGCCCGUGAAAGAUGAGAAUCCAAAAUGGGUUGACCCAAAGUCAAUUAAGUUGGAUGUCACCUCGGAGCGUGAAGAUGAUCUUGAUUACGUACCGCCAUCUCCGGAAAGCUAUCACAGCAAAUCUCCUGUGGAGUUCAUAUCCAAGCCAUGUUAUGCUGAGAACACUAAUAACUCGCAAUCCAAACGAUCUACCGCGACCUGUCGUCAAGCCUCUGUUGAGCACUCGACAGACAAGAAACAUGACGAACUGUACAGCAUCAUGGAAUGCAUUUGUGCUCUGGUGGAUUCCGUUCCUGAACACGAGCUCAUCGCUCUGUCGUGUGGAAAUGAGCUUCUGCUGAAGAGGGCUCAAAGGAAGAGAAUUCUCAUUACCGGAGGCGACGCCUUGCUGAGAACUCAGCAGCCCGACAGCACUGUGAUUUCCGAUCCUAUUUUCAAAGAAAAAUCUUGCUCAGAUUCAUCCAGCAGCUUUUUGCCCGCGCUUCCAAAGAAGACUCCUCAGAUUAGGAGGUCCUCCGUCAUCUCUAAAGAAAAACCGCCAAGCUCACUUGUGGAAGUGGAGAGCAUCUGUAAUUCUCCAUCAAGCCACAGCGUCUCAAAACCAACUCGCGAUAUAUGCAGUGUCAAUGAGACCAUUGUUGAUGAAGAUCUUUUCUUCUCGCCAAAGAAGAAGAAGACAGAGACUCCAGCACGGAUUCAAUCCACUCCACAGACGGAUGUUUCAGGAGCGGACCCCGAUGACUUUUUCCUUGACGACUUUGACAUUGACGACUUGAACGACUCUGACAUUCCCGACUACUUUGACGAACCGCAAAGCUCCGCAGCGACUCCGAGGACAUCCACCGCCGCGCCAAUGGCCGUGAAGGAAGGCGGAGGCAGCAAGUCCUCAUGGGAAAGGAAACCCACGACGCCUCCACCCAAACCCGCAAAGAUUUUCUCUCCUGAACCUACCUUCCGAAACCCGGCGCACGACCGUUUCCGAGGGUACAACUUCUCCCACUCGCAAGAAAUGAUGAAGAUCUUCCACAAACGCUUUGGUCUCCAUCAGUUCCGUUUCAACCAGCUGGAAGCCAUUAAUGCCGCCGUCCUCGGGGAGGACGAGUUUGUGCUCAUGCCCACAGGUGGUGGGAAAAGUCUGUGCUACCAGCUUCCUGCCUGUCUCUCAGCGGGAGUCACUGUGGUCAUCUCGCCACUCAAAUCUCUCAUUGUGGAUCAAGUCCAGAAGCUCACCUCCCUGGAUAUCCCAGCCACAAGCCUGUCUGGUGGCAAAAGUGAUGGCGAAGCAGGGAGGAUCUACACACAGCUCUCCAGGAAAGAGCCCAUCAUUAAACUCCUCUACGUCACGCCUGAGAAGGUCAGCGCCAGCAACCGGCUGGUCUCAGCCCUACAGAACCUGUACGAGCGAGGCCUCCUGGCUCGCUUUGUCAUUGACGAGGCUCACUGCGUCAGUCAUUGGGGCCACGACUUCCGUCCAGACUACAAGAGGCUGAACGAGCUGCGUCAAAAAUUCCCAAAAGUGCCCAUGAUAGCUCUGACGGCCACGGCCACCCCCCGUGUGCAAACCGAUAUCCUGCACCAGCUCAGCAUGACGCGUCCUCAGGUUUUCACCAUGAGCUUUAACCGCGCCAACCUCAAAUACGCCGUACUGCCGAAGAAACCCAAAAAGGUCGACGAGGACUGCGUCAAUUGGAUCAAGAGGCAUUAUCCACGCGAUUCUGGCAUCAUCUACUGCCUGUCCCGAAACGACUGCGACACCAUGGCCGAGAGCCUGCAGGGAGCCGGGCUCCUUGCGUUAUCCUAUCACGCCGGUCUGAGUGACGGCGACAGAGAGUACGUGCAGUCCAAGUGGAUCAACCAGGACGGCUGCCAGGUCAUCUGCGCCACCAUUGCUUUCGGCAUGGGCAUCGACAAACCCGACGUGCGCUACGUGAUCCACGCCAGUCUGCCUAAAUCGGUCGAGGGCUACUACCAAGAGUCGGGGAGAGCCGGCAGGGACGGGGAGAUCUCUCACUGCAUUCUCUUCUACAGCUACGCCGACGUGCACCGCAUCAAGAGGAUCAUCAGCAUGGAUCGAGAAGGUGACAGGAACACCAAGGCCACUCAUUUCAACAACCUGAGCAGCAUGGUGCAGUUCUGCGAGAACAUGAUGGACUGCAGGAGGAUUCAGCUGCUUGCCUACUUUGGAGAGAUGACCUUCAAUAGGGGAUUCUGCAAGGAGAACCCCCACGUCACCUGUGACAACUGCAGCCGGCCUAACGAAUACAAGAUGAGGAAUGUGACUGAAGAGGUGAAGAACAUUGUGAGGUUCGUGCAGGAGAACUGCGAGAAGGUUGGAGCCAAGUUCGGCCGGACGUCUAAACAAACCCGCCUGACACUCAACAUGCUGGUGGACAUCUUUGUAGGUUCCAAAACUGCCAAACUGCAGACGGGCAUGUUUGGAAUGGGCGGAUCUUAUUCCAAGCACAACGCGGACCGCCUGUUUAAGAAACUGGUCCUGGACAACAUCCUGAUGGAGGACCUGUACAUCACCAACAAUGGCCAAGCUGUGUCUUAUAUCUCUGCAGGACCAAAAGCUGUCAACAUCCUCAAUGGACACAUGCAGGUGAACUUCUAUGAGACGGAGAGUGCUUCCAGUGUUAGAAAGAACAAAGCUGCGGUUGCCGCCAACGUCUCCCAGAGGGACCAAAAAGUUCAGGAAUGCCUCAAGGAACUCGUGGAACUCUGCAAGAAACUGGGAAAAACCUUCGGGAUUCACUAUUACAACAUCUUCUCCACCGCCACCUUGAAAAAGCUGUCUGAGAGGCUCUCCUCGAAGCCAGAAGUCUUGCUGCAAAUCGAUGGUGUGACCGAGGACAAAUUGGACAAGUACGGCGCUGAGGUGAUCCAGGUCCUGCUAAAAUACUCAGAGUGGGAAAACCAUGUCGAACAACAGCCCGAGGCCGGCGAAGACGGCUGGAUCGACACGACGCGAGGCCGUUCGGCGGCCGACUACGAGGACGACGACGACUCCUCUGCCUACUUCAGCAACCAGAGCGCGCAGGGGCAGAAGAGGAAGAAAAUGCCUUUCUUCAAGUUCAACAAAAAGCGAAAAGGAUACGGAGGCGCCGGUUCCAACUCUCGAGGUCGAGGCUACAGCGCCAACAAAUCCUGGGCGUCCAGAGGGGCUUCCCAGUCUGCCAGCCAAGGGUCCAGAGGAGCGACAGGAAAGACGCCGGGUUUCCUGGCGGUGCCCACACCGCAGAGCCAGCGACCUUUCCUCAAGCCGUCCUUUUCUCACGUCUAGCACCGAUGCCCCUGCACGCCAGGUUGUAAUUUAUCAUGUCCAAAGUGUACAGUGUUGGAAAUCUAUUUUUCCUUCGUGUCUUGUUACUGUUUUGUUAUUAAAGAUCAGUGAAAAAUCAAA